GCAGGAAAUUAUUUAAGCGUACAUUCACAAAAUACUUAUACAUUCAGGAAGAACUGCUGAAUUUCGUUUUAUCCUGAUUAAACAGAUGUUCGUUGAUAUGAAAUUUGGUUGAAUUUCAAAUACAAUUUCAUUUUAAAUCAAGUUUUUAAACAGCCAUGGAUGAAAUGAAAUGUGUUUUGGGAAUGCUGCUGUUGUGCUUGUUUUUCCACGUUGUGAAAGGACAAGUCGCCCCAUCCGAAAUGUUGCAGAACAAAACAUUUUGUGACCUCACUAACGUGAAUAUUACUUGCGAUAGUAAUGAGAUGAUUGCCGUCGAAUCCCUGAACUUCUAUUAUCAUCUAGAUUGUAACAAUACGUGUUGUCGCUUUCAUAAUAACCACAGUAGUGUUGGGGCAGACGACAACGAUAUGCAGGAUGUUCGUCGCGAAUGUUCAGGAAGGCAAAGCUGCAGCGUAGACAAAGCUGGACCACGUUCUUUUGAAA